UACCGUCUGAAUAAUAACAACGCGCGAGAAUCAAAAUAAGUUUCAUUCUAAACUGAUUUUAUUCAUUUAUUCAACGUACAAUUAUUCAUAACUAGCCGUAAGGUUACUUUGUCUUAUCGGGUUAUAUAUUCAACCAUCUGUCGAAUAAUAAAUAAACAUAGACAAAAUGCCAAUAGACCAGAUAUCAUAUUCUGAGAAGUACUGUGAUGAGAAAUAUGAGUACAGACAUGUGAUUCUCCCACCUGAUAUAUCAAAGCUGGUUCCCAAGAAUCAUCUAAUGACAGAGACAGAAUGGCGAAACCUCGGGGUUCAGCAGUCACCUGGCUGGAUACAUUACAUGGUUCACUCCCCUGAGCCGCAUGUGUUACUGUUUCGGCGACCUCUUCCAGGGACACAGACAGGAAGUUUAGGUCAAGGUCACCAGCAGGUAGCGGCACACUGAAUUAGAGAAGAUUGUGUUCUCAUAAAGAUUAGAUAUUUAUAGUAAUUGGACUUUGAUGUACUGUACUUUAUGAUGACAGACUGAACAAUGAUAUUUUAGCAUUAUAUGUGCAUGAGUCUCUGUAUGUUCUGAAGUGUGAUAAAAGCUCACUGGAUUUGUAUUCAGCUACAUACUGCUGUUUUUAGCCAUACAGUAUAUUUUUAUAUAGAGGAAUUUUUUGUUCCUUUGGACUGUACAGUAAUGUUACUUAUUCGAAUUUUAUGAUACUGUCCUCUGAGGCUUGCACACAUUCACAAAUCUCAUGUUACAACCUAAUUGUGUUCUGAUUACAUGGAGAGCUCAUGCAAAUAAAAAAAUACUGAACCAACUACUGGCUAGCGUCCUACAACCGGACACUUGGAAUAUUUUUCACGAUAACUCGGGAAAUAGAUAUAACUAGUGGUUGAAAUUUCACGUGAACAAAGCUAGGUCCUCCUGAACAAAGCUAGGUUCUCCUGAACAAAGCUAGGUUCUCCUAACUAAAGAGCUAAUUUGUUUACUUCUAAAAUUAGGUCAAGUACUUUUUCGAGGCCUGCACAAAGGGCCACCAAAUCAUAUUAUUUUAAGGUCUAACAGUACCAUGUUUCUGGACAGCGAGUUGUCACUUUAAUGAUUUUCAAUUUACAUUCAACAUUGAAUUCAACUUCAUAAUAUUUUCAACCAAUGGAAAGUAGUCGUACAGUCUGAGUCCAAGAAUUUUACGAAUUACCUCUUGAAUCUAUAAAUUUGAUCGUAUCUCUCCCAACCAGAUCUUUUAAAAUUUAGCUAUUUUGAUAUGAAAAUGUGUUUUAGUGUGUGUAAAAGUCAUGCACUAAAUUAUCAAAGCUGUAUUUCCCCGAUAUAAGUGUUUACUAAACGUUUCGUCUGCUUACCUCAAAUUUGCAUGGGACCUUUAGAUUUAUUGGCGGGACCUCGCGGAAAUACUGCGCAUGCGCAGCGCGCCACUUCCGACUUCACCCGACAUGUAAACAUGUUUCAUGAGUGCAGACGAAAUGAAAUGUAGCGUUUCUUGUAAAAUACUUAAAUUAAACUGUUGUUGAAAAUCAAGCAUCCAUUUGAUCGUAAACAGAUUAACAAGGUUAAAGACCGGAAAAAAAAAGCGUUUAAAGAACUGUCCCGUUUGGUGGUUGUCCAGAUUUGGUGGUCGCUAGCCAGUAGAUCUACAAAUAAAAAAAACCAGUUGUUAGCUUCAAUUUUUUGUUAUAUUGAAGAAACUAAGUUCAGUAACUAGAUUGUUGUAUUGUCAAAAUGUGUAGUUAUAUGUAUAUAAAUAUUUAUUGAACUACAGUACACAAUGUAUAUUAGUAAAAUGUCAAGUAUCUCAUUCAUUUCAUGUUAAUUUUUUUUUUAUUUUUAACCAUCAUUUAGAAUGAUUACAAUUUUGUUAGGAACUUUUUCAAGAGUAUUUGUUUUGGUAAUUUGUUAUGUGUUUGUGUUUGUUAGUAGAUGUUUUCUCCUUUCUUUUUGUUUUCUCACUGUCAUCUCUCUUUCAUUAUUGUAUACACUCUUUUAAAGUAGGAACUUGAGUAUAUAAGUCGCAAGAUGGAGCUGGGGCAAGUUUUUCUAUAUUUCUAUGCAUGAUUCACAUCAGGGACCCUUGCUUAAUUAUCUAAAUAGGUAGGCACGUUCUUUUUUAAAAAUUGGCACAUUUGUUUAUUGUGACAUUUACCACUGUUUAUCCAAAAAUCUCUUUCUGCAGUCUUUUUGUAAAGGUUCUAUGUUACAUUAUUAAAAACUUAUGCCAUUAUUUUAACAUAUUCAAUGAACUUCAUUGACAAAGCUGUUAAAUAGUGAGCCUUGCUGUCCUCUGACAACUUCUGUAUUUAGACAGAAUUAGUAUGAAUUUCGGUCAAGUUGAAUCUAGGCCAGAUCAGGCAAGUAGGUCCAGAGUUAUGGAAUUUGAUUGAUAAUAUAAAUGUUAUCAGGGCUCCAGAUAAGAUGCGUAUUAGCGUAAAUUACGCUUUUAAAUAAUGCAUAUAAGCAUGUGCGAUCGUUUUUAAGCGUAUAAAAACGUAUAAGAAAUUAUAGAAACUCCUGCAAUACUUUUUACUAGUGUAAACAAAAUCUGAAUCAUCUAAAGGCUUUACGUAACAAAGCACGGUCAGCAUUAAUUCUCCCACAGAGAACAUACACACCAUUGAAUGGUGCUUUAUAAGUUAAACUAUAUUAUAAACCCAAUGCAUUGUAAAUAAAAUAGUGAGCCCGCCCGCUUAGCUCAGUAGGUAAGAGCGUCGGUCUACGGAUCACGGGGUCGCGAGUUCGAUCCUCGGGCGGGGCGCAUGUUCUCCGUGACUAUUUGAUAAACGACAUUGUGUCUGAAAUCAUUAGUCCUUCACCUCUGAUUCAUGUGGGGAAGUUGGCAGUUACUUGCGGAGAACAGGUUUGUACUGGUACAGAAUCCAGGAACACUGAUUAGGUUAACUGCCCGCCGUUACAUGACUGAAAUACUGUUGAAAAACGGCGUUAAACCCAAAACGAACAAACAAAAUAAAUAAAAUAGUUGGGAAACAUUACUGAUGGUACGGUAGUGUAUUUUAAAGCAGUGUCAAUUUAAAAUAUCAACCUCCGGUGUGGAGUAAACAACAAAAUGUCUCUUUCUAAGAUUGUAAAAAGUGAACAAACACUACGCAUCUUUAAACCAACAAGAACGAUCAUUGAAACAUAUUUAAAGCUAUACUGAGUAUUCUAUUAAGCUAAGGGAGAACAAAAAGCAAAAACUUGAAUGCUGAAUUGAAAACAAAUUCAUGGGUGUUACACCAAAUUAAUAAUGUUAUAAAACCGUUUUUUUUUUUUUUUUUUUUUUUUUUUUUUUUU